AUGAAUAAAGAAAUCUUGCCUUAUGAAGCUAUGUUGUAUAUUGAACCAUACUUACAUUCAUCUACAGAAGAAAUUAACAAAAGAGACUUAAUGAAUUUAUGUCUUGAUCGUAUUAAAGCUUAUUAAAAAGUUUAUUAGUAAUAAUUCUCUUUUAUUUAGGUUGUUUGGAUAAAUAGAUUAAGCUGAAUUAUCAAAAGAUGAAAAAAGAUCAACAGAAUUAAAUUCUAAAGCCAUUAAAAUUUAUAAUGAAUAUCAAUGUUAUGAUAACAAUGAUUAGUUUUGGAUUCAAGAUAAUGCCGCGCAUUUUUUUUUAGAAUUAGCAUAUUCCGAAACUGAUGAAAGAAUCAAUGAAUUCAUUAAAUAUUAAAGACAACUAUUUUAAAUUAGGUGUGAAGAAUAUCUUAAAUAUGAUGAAAACAAUUAAAGAUUAAUUAAAAUGUAUCAAAUGUUAUUGGAUGAUAAAGAUUAAAUCAUCAAACUUACUCAACAAGAUUGGGAAGAAGAAUUACCUAAAAUAUAUCGAUUGCCUAAUUAAACUAAUAAUUUAGGACGAUAAAUUGUAUUGGGAACUGGAAAGGCCUAAUUAAGACAAUUUAAUAAUAGUAAAAAUUAUCUAAAAUUCUUUAAAGUAUGUAUCUAAUCUAUAAAUUUAGAUACCUUUUUAUAAUGUAUUGAAUACUGUCUCUUAAUUACAUACAUAUAUUAAAAAUGGAUAUGCUUAUAUUCAUGCUGAUGAAUUGUAAGUAGAUUAUUAUUAAUUCUUAGAAAAUUCUGCUUAUUAGAUGUCUUCUUGGGAAGAAUGAAAAAAAGAAUGUAAUCUAAUCAAAACUAAUAUCAAUAUGAAUUAUUGAAAUAGGAUGAAGACAUUGUUAAUAUGUUUAAGGCAAUCAUAUCAACUGAUUCAGGUAUUUUAAGUUAAAAAUAAAAUAAUUUUGAGUAAGACUCUCUAAAUGCAUCGACAGUAAAAUAAUAAUCAAAAGAGUAAGAUUAAAAAUUAAUAUUUUUUAAGUUAUUUUCCUCUUUGUAUGGAGUAUUUAAUUGAUAAAUUGGAGGUCAAUCAUCAUUUGAAACAUUCUGGUAGAUAAUAGAUUUAAUUAUUUUUUAAAUCAGCUGGAAUGAAAUUGAAUGAAGCUAUUAAAUAUUUGAGAAGUAAUUAUUAAACAUUAUUAAAGUGUAGUUUUAAUAAAAGAUAAGUGAAUAAGAUUUUGAUAAGAAUUAUCUCUACAAUAUUAGACAUAAUUAUGGUUAGGAGGGUAAAAGAGAAAAUUAUUAAUGUUUUACAUGUGCAUACAAUAUGGUAAGAUUAUAUCAUUAUAUAAAUAAUAGAAAUAAAAUCCAGGAAAUGAUGAAUAUCAUGGAUGUCCAAUAAAGAGUUUUAAUUCUGAUGCCCUUGAGAAAUACUUAAAGUUUAAGAACUAUUAAGAAACAGACAUAAAAAAAGUACUCGAUUUAAAAAAAUAAAACCAUUUCUAAUUGGCUUGCACUGAAAUCUGGCAUGCUAAAAAUAAGAAUAGUCAAGUUAAUAUAAUUAUUGAUAAUCCGGUUGUAUUCUAUAGAGAAUCCUUGAAUCAUCACAAAAAGGUUUAAUUAAAAAUUGAAACAGAAGAACCAAUAACAAAUUGA